AGGCCCCUUCCUUUUUGCCAGUCCCAUUCCGAGUCCCAAUCCCAGGGUGCCCACGCCAGGGCCACUGCCAGUGCCAAUGCGCCCACGGGCCGUCACACAGCUAGCUUCCCGCACAGUCAGACUGACAAAGAAUCCCUCCUUGGCAGAGUUUUGCAUGUGAAAACAUACUUUUCUGCCCUUGGGCUCGCAGGCUCACCCUUCUGCGCGUCGUCCCAGAGUCCCUAGAGGCUUGGCCCCCUGAUCAUCCCGCCAUGGUCCAAUCCAAGGCCGUGGACCUGCACGAGUCUAGCCGCAUGGGACGUGGCCGAAUCGCUGAUCUAGUCUGCAAUCUGUCUAGAAGGGUUCCAGAGUUUUCUCCUCGGCCUUCAUCUCAGGGGCACAGGGGGGAAAUGGGAUGAAUUGAGAGAGCCACAGGCAGGAGAGGCAAAGAGGGUCGAAAGGAGUCGGAUGGAGUAAGCCUGUGCCGUGCCCCAGCCUGCCGACCUCGCCCAACCGCGCAUUGUUGCACAUUAGCCUACCGUGUACUGGCAGGACUUUGCUGCCCACAUUCGCCAUGUCUAUGCGUCGUCCAUCCGCUUUCACCGCCAGGAUGGGGCCGCCGCCAACUGGGCCGAACCGGGGCCAUCCACGGGCUGCCCUGCUGCCGGAUCCAUCUCGCUCUCUGGCUCUGCCCUUGGCCCUCCCUAUGCCUCUCAGGGGACCGAGACGCCUGGGCCGGGAACGGGCACCCUCACUGCUUGCUCAGGGUCCUCCAAGGGUCCAUGGGGUCGGUCCAAGGGGUCCAUGGGGUCCAAGCAAUCCAGUCCCAAGUCCCAAACCCACCAGCAGGGGUCUCACUUGUUGAUAUCGCUCGAGCGGUCGGGGGUCAAAAAUUGUUGAUAUCGUGUCCAGAUCCCAGACCUAGAAAAAAAAAACCUGCUGGUCCCCUACUCAUUCACUUGAGACCCUUCGUUCCUUAGCCGAGCUCAGUCGCUUUCUCUGUCUCUCUUGCCUGUGCAAACACUCCCUCCCGAUUCACAGCCAGGAAGAGUUGGACUGCGGUGUCUGAUUUUCUUGGGCACACCACACUGAGGUCUACAGGACAGGCACUCUCUUGUGAGAAAAGGGAUCAGAUUGGACCUACGGAGUACAGUGAUAACCAUGGCUAUCUCAAUCACUUCGGUCCAGACGAGGAGCAGGACGGCGAAGCAGCAGGCUGCUCCGUCCGCUGCCAUCAAGCUCGAGGCAGAGCCCAAGGAGCAGGAAUUCCCCGAUGUCAAGACCAUCAAGAGCUGGAUCCCCGAGCACUGCUUCCAGCCAACCGUUGCCCGCUCCAUGAGCUAUGUCGUCCGCGACUAUGCCAUGGCCCUCACCCUGGGCUGGGCCGCCCUGACCUACAUCCCUCAGAUCGAGAACUCGCUGUACCGCACCGCCGCCUGGAUCGCCUACGGCUACGUCCAGGGCCUCAUCGGCGUCGGCAUCUGGAUCCUGGGCCACGAGUGCGGCCACGGUGCCUUCUCCGUCCACAACAAGUUUAACGAUGUCAUGGGCUGGAUCAUGCACUCCUCGCUCCUCGUCCCCUACUUCAGCUGGAAGUUCAGCCACCACCGCCACCACCGCUUCACCGGCCACAUGGACAAGGACAUGGCCUUUGUGCCCCAGACCGUCGCCGACCGAUCGCGCAAGCGCCUUGCCAACUUCUACAUGGACGCCGACCUCUUCGAGGACACCCCCGUCGUCCAGGCCGUCAAGCUCUUCUUCCACCAGCUGCUCGGGUGGCAGACCUACCUGCUGACCAACGCCUCGUCCGGCAAGGGCAGCCUGCAGCGCGAGGGAAGCUGGUUCCGCGUGAGCCACUUCGAGCCCACCUCUGCCGUCUUCAGGCCGAAUGAGGCCGUCUUCAUUGCCCUCUCCGACCUUGGCCUGGCCCUGACCUCGGGCGCCCUGUACUACGGCUCCACCAUCUACGGCUGGCAGACGAUUGCCCUUCUCUACAUCGUGCCCUACAUGUGGGUCCACCACUGGCUCGUCGCCAUCACCUACCUCCACCACAACCACCCCGAGGUUCACCACUACGAGGCCGAGUCCUGGUCCUACGUUAAGGGUGCCCUUGCCACCAUCGACCGCGACUUCGGCUGGGUUGGCCGCCACCUGUUCCACAACAUCAUCUCUGACCACGUUGUCCACCACCUUUUCCCUCGCAUUCCCUUCUACAAGGCUGAGGAGGCCACCGAGGCCAUCAGGCCCAAGCUCGGCAAGCUCUACCACCGUGACGACCGCUCGUUCCUCGGCCAGCUGUGGUCCGUCUUCACCACGUGCAAGUACGUCGAGAAGGACCCCAACGUGCCGGGCGCCAUGAGGUGGGCCGACCUCAGCCAGGAGAACUAGAAAUUUUUCUCUCGUGUUAGACGGCUGGGUUAGAUCUCCCUGAGAGACCUCCGACAUGAGGUUUUCUUUUUUCCUGCUCUAGACUCGAUACUCUCCAGAGACUAUGGAACUUGGGAUAGACAGAAUCAGAGCCCGCAAUGGUUUGCGGGUCAUAGAUUAAAGAGGCUGGGGACCCCUUGGCUUCCAUGCUGAAUGAUAGACGGGCUGCUUUUAGACCAUAGAGAGAGAACAAGACGAAAAAGACUUGUUGAUACCACG